AGGGGGAGGAGCAGAGAGAUGAAUCCUUUCUGUAAUCCUCUAGACACACGCUCGGUCUGGCUGCCUACUAGCUCUGAGAGCAAGAGAGCGUGAGAGGCAGGCAAAGAGAGUCAGGUGGAGAAAGCAUACAGUGGAACCAAGUGAGAAGGAGAAAAAAGAUGAGGUGAGGAAAAGAAAGGAGGGCUGCCUCUUGUUAGGAGAAACACAGAGAGAGAGGCAGUGAAGUGGAGGAGGAGAGGAGAAACCACCACACAACUCUCGCACGACUUCAGAGCAGAAGCAGACGCGGAGGGAGCAGGAGUGGGGGAGACUGUUGGCGGAGGGAGUAGAAGGGUGAUGCUCCUCUUCAACGCUGCUUGAACCACAACCAGGAAAAAGAGAAGGGCUUACUCAAGCUUGGACCAAAGGUGAACAAAAUGAAGAGGAUGGGAGAGAGAUGCAUAUCUCUUUUAAUUCAGGCUCUGACGAGCGUAUGGACAUGACCCUGGUUUGGUGUGACAAGCUGCUCUCAAUGAGUGUAUGGAGGCAGAGUGUUAGUGUUUGGGAGAUGGAUGCACACUGGCACUAAUUGGGGCUGAGACUUUAGAAUCAUCAGGAGACACAUUGUUCUGAGUGGGUCCUUGGGCGCAAACAGGUGCACUCAAAGUAAAGUGUGAAGACCCUCGUGGACAGCAGGCUAUCAACACUACUUUAAACUGCUCUCUUUCUUAUUUACACCCUCAAGUGGACGUGAAGAAGGAAGUCGAACACCCAACACUGUUGUCUGGUUAAAAGGUUGAGGGUCAGCCUUAUCAUCCCUUUCCCCAGUGGAUGCCUCCAAAGUGCAACCAUGGGAGAAUGGACCAUCCUCGAGCGCCUCUUGGAGGCUGCUGUGCAGCAGCACUCUACUAUGAUAGGAAGGAUCCUGCUGACGGUGGUUGUGAUCUUUCGCAUCCUGAUCGUGGCUAUCGUAGGCGAGACGGUGUAUGAGGAUGAGCAGACCAUGUUCAUAUGUAACACCCUGCAGCCGGGUUGCAACCAGGCAUGCUAUGACAAGGCCUUUCCCAUUUCCCACAUACGGUACUGGGUAUUCCAGAUCAUACUGGUGUGCACACCAAGCCUCUGCUUCAUCACCUACUCGGUCCACCAGUCGGCCAAACAGAGAGACCGACGCUACUCCUUCCUCUAUCCCAUAAUGGAGCGGGACUACGGAGGAAGGGACGGAGCACGGAAGCUCCGCAACAUUAACGGAAUUUUAGUUCAGCACGGCGCCGAUGGCGGCGGAGGCAAAGAAGAACCUGACUGCCUUGAAGUGAAGGAGAUCCCUAACGCCCCGCGAGGCCUCACGCACGGAAAGAGCUCCAAAGUACGUCGACAGGAAGGGAUCUCUCGUUUUUACAUCAUUCAAGUUGUGUUCCGAAAUGCACUCGAGAUUGGAUUUUUGGCAGGCCAGUACUUCCUCUACGGCUUCAGCGUGCCUGGCAUUUUCGAAUGUGACCGCUACCCAUGUCUGAAGGAAGUGGAGUGCUAUGUGUCACGACCCACAGAAAAAACAGUUUUCCUGGUUUUUAUGUUCGCGGUGAGCGGCAUUUGCGUGGUGCUCAACCUGGCCGAGCUCAACCAUCUGGGUUGGCGCAAGAUUAAAGCGGCCAUCAGGGGCGUCCAGGCCCGCAGGAAAUCCAUUUGUGAGAUCAGGAAGAAAGACAUGGCGCAUCUGUCCCAACCACCCAACCUGGGGCGCACACAGUCCAGUGAGUCAGCCUACGUCUGAUGAUGAAGAGUAGAGGAAGAGGAGUUGGGUGAAUGUGCAAGUGUGAAAAUGAAGUAAUUAUGAUUUUAGUGCAAUGAAGAUACUUCAAAGGUCAAACCGGGUGAAUUACUUUAUGUGAUGAUGGAAUGACGACCAAGUGUGCAUCUUUGUUACUCGAUAAGCCGAGACGGAAAUCUUCGGACUCCAAAAGACAGUAUUUGUGAUGAACAUAUUUUAAUCUCAUUUUUGAGAGGUAUUCUAACUGCCAUUGGUUUUUUUUGUUGUUUUUUUUACGAUAAACUCCAUCCUCCCUCUUUACCUGGGAGAGACAGAUCCUCACAGGGCUGGAUAAGGAGCAACCAAAAGAUGCUGUUUUAUGUUAUAUGAGUCUGUUGAUGCAUCCCAUGGUGCUUUUCUGGACUGUGUCAACUGAACUGAAAAAAAGGGGAUGGGACAGGGAGGAUGAGCAGCAACAGCACAAAAGAAGCAACGGAAGACCUGUCAGAGGCACGACAGGAGAAAGGAGGCUAGCUUGGACGUGUGAGCAACUAGGUGAGGGAUAGCCAACACACUGGGAAAACCUCACUGAGGGGAAGAGAGGGAACACGGCUCGGUCACUUAAAUCGUUUCCUCCCGCGGCUGAAAGUGAAGCCAAGCGAGAAAGAGCUGCUUCUGAUCAUCGUCACCCUCAUCCCAGCCAAAUCCAAGCACAGAAGAGUGAUGGUGUUUAUGUUUUGUCUCUUGGCAAAAUAUUAUUUUAACACAAACAUAGCUUGUACCACACAUUUUUUCCAACCCGCUCCUCCUCUCUAUCUCUCGCUUGCUCGCACACCAGAGUUGGCAGCUAUGUAGAGCCUGGGGGGCUUCGGACGACAGUAAUGACCCUCGCUGCUCUCCUUCUACGUAGAUGUUGGAGAGGAACUAAUGAACACAUGGAUGUGGUGUGUAAAUGUUUGUCUCUCCCAAAGCACAAACCAAACGUUCAUCCAAGCAGCAUUCUGGCGUGCUGCUGGUCACAGGAGAGGACAAGUGGGAAAAGCGAACAAACGAAAAGUUGAGGACUUCAAAUGAAUUAUAUCAAAUAUAUCAUAAUGUGUUCUAAUUGUGAUUUUCGAACACAAUGGUGCCAUCAUUGAGAGACCAAUUUAUCAUUGAAAAGAUGAAUAGAGUAUACGGUGUGAGUGAUCCAUUUAGAGUACAGUCAUGUGAAAUAAAUAGGACACACCAUUAAAUAUUCAGUUCUUUAUUAAGAAAUUUUCACAUAUCAAUGUCUGCUCUUGUUUUUCUUUAUUACUGUAAAAGAAAGUGAUUUAGUUGCAGGUAAACAACAAACAUUAACAUUGUUUUAGUCAUUAAACCAAAAAUAAUAACAAAAAUGCAAAAAAGGAAAAAGUUAGGACCCCAAACAACCUAAUAGCUAGUAUUACCCCCUUUUGCUGAAAUAACUUCAGUGAGACACUUUUUGUAGCCAUCUGCCAGUCUUUGACAUCGGUCUGAAGAAAGUUUGCCCCACUCAUUAACGCAGAAUACAGCUGUAAAAUGUUUGAGGGGGUUCUUGCAUGUACAGCCCGUCACCCAACAUCAUCUCAAUGUGAUUAAGAUCAGGGCUUUGACUCAGCCAUUCCAGGACUCUCCAUUUGUUUUCAACCAGUCCUUGGUAGAUUUACUGGUAUGUUUUGGGUCAUUGUUAUGUUGCAGGGUCCAGUUUUGCUUCAUCUUUAAUUUUUUCACAGAUGAUCUUACAUGUUUCUCAAGCACCCUCUGAUACACGAUAGAAUUCAUGGUGGAUUAUAUGAUAGUGAGCUGGCCAGGUCCUGAUGCAGCAAAUCAUCCCCAAACCAUGAGACUUCCACCUCCAUGCUUCAUAGCCAAACAUGUCCUCUGUUCUGGAGUCCAAAUAAUUCAAUUUUAGAUGAAUCUGCCCAAAGAACAUUAUUCCAGAAGUCCUGGUCUUUGUCUAUAUUCACUCUGGCAAUUUUCACUCUGGCCUUGAUGGUCUUUUUUGGAGAGCAAAGGUUUCCUCCACACACACAUCCCAUGAAUCUUAAAUUUGUGUAGUGUCUUUCUGAUUGUAGAGGCAUGCAUUUUCACAUCAACAGUAGUAAAAGCCUGCUGUGCGUCCCGUGAUUACAUUUGAGGGUUUUUGGAGACUUCUUUUAGCAUCUUGCUGUCUCCUCUCGGGGUGAACUUGCUUGGACGGCCAGACCUGGGCAUCUUGGCAGUUGUUUUGAAUGUCCUCCACUUGUAGACUAUUUUCCGGACAGUGGAAUGGCAGAUUUUAUAUUCUUUUGAGAUCUUUUAAAAUCCCUUACCAGACUCAUAAGCGUCUACAAUUUUCUUUCUGAAGGCCUCAGAAAGCUCGUUUGAUUUCACCAUGCUGUUUUCUCUCAGUUCAACAGUCAGUCACUGUUGAAAGUAUUCUGCCUUGAGGAGCAAACUUUCUUCAGACCGAUGCCGAAAGACUGGUAGAUGGCUACAAAAAGCAAAG